GGAGAAAUUGACUAUGGUGAUUUUAAGUUAGUUCUCUUAGCUGCCAGUGCUUCUCUUGCCAGUUAUCUGCAUCUUUCCACUGUUCAUGGCAAGAGAGCUUAUUCUUUAGCAUGGGGUUUGCAGUAUGUGAAUCUUUUCAUGAUCAGAACUGGUUAUAUCAUCUUAGUUGGCCAGGCUCUUAAGGUCUGGAACCAAUGUCAGCCGAGCCAUCAGAGGAGUGUAGGUCAGAAGAUGUCUUAAGAGAGAAACAUGCCCAAUCUGCCGCACGAAACUGAUCAGAACUCUCUUCUACUUGCAGUUUAGUGACAAGGUAAUGGAACAACUCAAGGUUGAUUACUAAUAAGAAAAUAUUACUGAAAAGGUGUUCUUGCAUGCUGAACAAGAGGAAUUUUGUCAACUCUGCAUUGAUGCCUGAUGAGCAGAAUUGACGAUCAAUC